GGACAACGUCGUUGGCGGCAGUUCUUUUUUAAACAAACAAAAAAAAAUAGGGCAAUGUAUUGUCAGCCUUUUAGCUCAGAUCACCUUCAAAGAGGACGGUCUAAAGAGGGUUUGCUAGAAAGUUAGGGGUUUUUCCAACCUCCAUAGCGGAAGAAACCUCAAAACGGGGAUUCCCAAUUUAAACUUGGCCGGAGUUUUAAAGGACGCCUGCUUGGAAGCAAUAAAACAUUGCUUCCUCGGAGCCCUCAGUUGUCACCUGAAGGAACCAAGACCCCCCCCCCCCUUUCUUUAUUGUGAUGUACAUGUACAUGAACUGGGCAGUUGCUCCUGAUUUUACUCAUCAUGCACACAGUGCUUCGCUAUCCGCAGUAGCUGUGAAUGAAAGAUAUGUGGUCACUGGGAGCAAGGAUGAAACUAUACAAAUCUAUGACAUGAAAAAGAAGGUAGAACAUGGAGCAUUGGUACAACACAAUGGCACUGUAACCUGCUUGGAAUUCUAUGGGAAUGCUCAUCUACUGAGUGGAGCUGAAGAUGGUCUCAUAUGUAUUUGGAAUACAAAAAAAUGGGAAUGCUUGAAGUCAAUUAAAGCCCACAAGGGCCAUGUGACGUCUCUUUCUAUUCAUCCUUCUGGAAAGUUGGCUUUAUCAGUAGGAACAGACAGAACAUUAAGAACAUGGAACCUUGUAGAAGGAAGAUCUGCAUUCAUAAAAAACAUAAAACAAAAUGCUCAUCUUGUUAAAUGGUCAACAAGUGGUGAGAUAUAUGUGGUGGUUAUAGCUAACAAAGUUGAUAUAUAUGACCUGGAAACAGCUUCUAUCACUGGUACCAUUGCUACAGAAAAGAGGAUAUCUUCAAUAAAGUUUAUCACUGAUUCCAUACUUGCUAUUGCAGGAGAUGACGAAUUCAUACGAUUAUUUGAUUGUGAAUCUCAAAAAUGUGUUUGUGAAUUUAAAGCUCAUGAAAACAGAAUCAAAGCACUGUACAAUUUCAAAAUGGAAGGCUUACAUAUUCUAGUAACAGCAUCAAGCGAUGGUUACAUUAAAGCAUGGAAUCUGGAUAUUGAUAAGAUUGAGAAUGUUCCAUCAUUGCUAUGUGAAGUCAAUACCAAAGCCAGGCUUACCUGCUUAGCAGUAUGGCUCAGAAAAGAUUUUGAAACAGAGCAGAUCCCGGAUGAAGCCACACCAUCUUCAUCUCAGGUACAUGAAGCAGAGCAGCUGUCACUUAAGAAAAAGAAAAAGCUUUCGACCGAUAGUACUAAAUCUUUUGAGGGAGAUGGCCAGAAAGUCGCUCUAAAAAGAAAAUCAGGAAAAACGCUGCAAAAGAAGAAGUUACAGAGAUUAAAAUAAAUAUCCAGCCAUUAUCAUAUUCCAUACUAAAUAUAUAACAAAGAACCAAUUUGUUUUUUACUUUAAGACAUUUUUAAUUUUCAGUACACUCUUAAGAAUAUUUUUUAUAUGUUAAUGUUUCUAGAAAAUAGAUAUUAUAUUUCAACAGUAACAACAUCCAGAUCUUGUGACUAUUGUUUUUAAGUGUAAAAAUAUAAGUAUCAAUUAUC